GCAUCUUCCUCGCCAUGUCACUGGAAUGUUUUAAUUGUGAAAGGCGUCUCUUUCAUUAAAAAGUUCAUCCCACCCCGCACUCGUUUAUAUAACUCGUGCAGAGAAUUAAAGUAUUCGCGAUAUCGCGAAUGAAACAUAUUCGCUAAACAUUAUUUUAAUAUUUUUCCCUGAAAGAAAUACUAAUGUGACACACAGUACAUAUCGUACGGUCGAUAAAUUAGCGGAAUAGUGGAAUACGAGACUGAGAGAAGAGAGACGGAACAGGAAUGUGAACCGUAUUUUCAGUGCGUUUUCCAGUGUUUUUCAAGAAACAGUUCUGUCGUUCCGUUCAUCAUUAUAAUGAUGGUUUGAGAUCCGUAUUUUACAGAAUUACACACUACAUUCUCGGUGUGUGAAACCGUUAGUUAGAAGUUUAUGUUUGAAAAAAAAGUUGAUGUGAACAUUGCAGAGAGUGAAAUAAUAGUUUAACAUCUCGUUAAAGGGAUAUUUUUCCUUCUGUCAAGAAAGGCGUGUGUGUAAAAGCGUUCCUUGUGUUAGUGUAUGAAUACUGCCUUAUUUUCGUUUGGUGCAGCCCACAAAAGUGAACGACGACCUCAUUUACAAUAUUUACUGCUGUAGAGAAGAUUAAUUAAUAAUCUAAACACGACAUUUGUCAAAAUUGACUAAUAUUAUUGUUUUUAUCUUUUAAUGUUGCUCUAUCCACUCGACAGGAACGUCUCAACAUCACGAUGACGUUCUGCUGUCGAGUAAUGUCGGAAAGCAGCAGCAUUUUGUGAGCAAAGAGCGAAAGCAGCGCACAGUGUCAAGAAUUUUAUUUUUAUAUUUAAAAGAAAAAACAUUGCAAAUUGUUAAAUUUUGUUUCAAUGAGGAAAUAAAGGGAUAAACUCGAGAGUGAAUUUGUUGUGAUAUAUACCGUUUUAUCUGCUGUGUCGAGUGUGAUUUUUUCACAAUCUUCUAAUUUCGUAAGAAGCAAAACGUCAAUUCGGAGUUUUCUUAUCGUCCAAGUUUCGUAUGCACGCGUGUUCAAUGACCAGUUAUUUAAGUAGUGUGGGCGUAACUGCUCUUUCCACACAUGGACUUGAAUUUGUGCUAUGCAAUUCUUUUUUCCCCAAUGGAGUCACCUCGAAAAGCAGCAACGACAAUGGUUGUAAAGAACAGAUUAUCAAUUUUGUCAGCAACUGACAAUUAUGUUAAUCCAACGAAAAAUGCAACCGUGGAGAGUGACACUAACCUAAAUUUAACGAACGAUUUAACAAACUCCGAAUUAUUAAUUACAAACGACAAAAUGAUCGCCAAAGGAGUUUUAAUAUGUCGUGACAAUUCGCAUCUAUUUCAAGAUCGUACAUUAUUACUUGAUCAUCCGAUGAAAAUUGGCCGAUCUGUCGCAAGAGCAAAGGCAACAUUGUCAAAUGCAAUUUUCGAUUGUAAAGUCCUGUCGAGGAAUCACGCAAUUCUUUGGUACGAUUCGGGUAAAUUUUAUCUUCAAGACACAAAGAGUAGUAAUGGAACGUUUGUCAAUAAUAAUAGACUCAGCUCAUCGGGACAAGAGUCUAUUGCAAGGGAAGUGUGUUCCGGUGAUAUUGUGCAAUUUGGAGUUAAUGUCGUUGAGGACACAAAAAAAUUAACUCACGGUUGUAUUGUUGCUACAUUAAAACUUUAUUUACCCGAUGGAAAGGAGGCGAAGGCGAGUUCGAGUAAUUCCGUCGAUCCCGUUGCUGGAAUAACAUUCGAGGAUCUCUAUAUGCUUAAUCAAUUUGUCCAGGAGGCAAAUAGACGUGAACAGGCGCUUCAAUAUAAACUCUCGUACCUGCAACAACUCGUUGAAAAUACCCAAAUAGCUGCCAAUCAAUCGUGGAAGGCGCUGAUUGAAGAGGAUCGACUUUUGUCAAGGGUCGAAACUGUCGAGAGUCAACUUGUUUUCUUCUCGAAGAACUUCGCCGAGGACAAAGUUCGUAACGAGCUGGUCAAACUUCACGAGGAAAAGGCACAAUAUCAAAAUGCAGCCAAGGAUGCUCUACAAAAAGUUUUACAGGAAAAAAUAGAGGUGACACAUAAGCUAAUACAAUUGGAAACGCGUUUAAAUGAAACCGAGGAGGAAUGUCACAGUCUUCACGAGGUGACGAAACAUACACAAAAUGAAUUACAAGAAUUGGCAGCAAAAUAUACGGAAGCACAGAAAAAAUUACAGGAAACGACAAAUAAACUCAUGGAAAGUGACGAUAAACUACAAGAGUUGACUGUUAAAAUGGAAGAAGAGAAAAAGCAAUUCACCAAACAAAUAAAAGAUCAAGCGCGCAUUGAACGUGUUCUACAGGCAAAAUUACAAAAUUCCAAAAUUGAUUCAAUAAACGUUCAUAAACAAGUCACUGCCUUGAAAAAUUACGUGCGAACAUUACAAGACGUAAAAUCAAAACAAUUGACGGACGAUAAUUUAGAAUCUAAAGACGAUAUUAAUGAUGUACAAAUGACAAUGUCCGGUAUAUUGAAUAAAUUAAUUUACAGCACAAAACCAACAACGGAUAUUUACGAUAAUAUUGAAAAUAACGUCACAUGGCAGGAUAAUCAAGUGAAUUCAGAGGAUUCGGAGGAAAUGAAAAAUUUCGAUACCGACGAUUUAUCGUAUAAAGAUCAAAUUAAUGAUUCAUUAACCGAUAGUGAGAAACUUAAAGAAUACAUUUUACCGCCGUCUAAUAGAAAUCUAUUCAAUGGAACUGUUAAUAAUGAUAAUUUAAAUAUAUCCCUUGAUUCAGAUACAGAUUCAGAAGCAACGGAAAUUAUUUCCAUCAAUUCAUUGACAAAGGAGAGUGAAUUAAAUGAUUCAUUGACAGAUAGCGAGAAACUUGAUAACUACAUUAUUCUACCGCCGUCGAGAAGAACGUUGAUUGCAGGAAAUUUUGAUGCUGAGAAUUUAGAAAUUUCCAGUGGUGAAACGAUAAAGUCUGAGGCUGAUGAUCCUUUAAUGGAGAAGAAGGAAAUUGAGGAGCAAUUGUCGAAGAGAAAUUUUAAUGUUGAAUUUGAUUUGGAUAAUGUUUUCCUUGAUGAUAAUGAUGAUCAGCACAGUAAUGUUUGUAAUGUCACUUCGAUACAUUUGGAGGAGAAGAAUGACUCUACAUCAAGCAGUGAGAAUGACAAUGAAUCUCCGUCGAAGAAAUUAAUUAAGGAAAUUCCUGAGAGUACUUCUGUUGAUGAUUGCAGGAAAAUUAGUGAUGAUUGUGAGGUUAAGACAAGAGCUAUUGUUAAUGAUCAAGAAUCUGUCAGGGAAACGUGCGAUCGAGAUGCAAUUGUCUAUGGAAAGGAGCAGGAGUUGACUGAAAAUGGUGAUACGCUUUCGAAAUUGGAAGUGAGAUUCGCCAGUGAUGAGGAGGGAAAACAAUUGGAAAGGAGAUUCGAACUGGAGGAAAAAGAAGAAAAAGUCGAAGAAGAGGAAAGAAAAGAGAUUGACUCCGGAAAUAAUAGUUCCGAUUCUCAAGAUUCACCAUUAAAUCUCAUUGAAUCCGCGGCGACGACAUCGAGGGAAGAUGUUAAAAAUGUGAAUAAAUCCGAGAUUGAACUGGAGAAUGAAUCAAUGGACGGUGAAUAUAUAAAAACAUUGAAACCAUUAAGUAAAAGUGAUUCAUCGCAAACAGUACAAGUGCAGGAAUUUAUUCUUCAAAGUCUCAUUGGUUGUUUGGAUUCAUUGAAGGAGGAGGACAGUCAAGAAGCACAAACUAUCGUUAAAAGAGAAUUAAAAGAAUUAAAAGAAUGGUUAAUGCGCGAACAAAAUGAAAUUAUUUUAAAGAAAUUAAAAGAUAUUUAUUAUCGUUCAAAAAAUGAGACACAAAGAAUGCGUGAAGUUAAUGAAGAGCUUGUUAUACUUAAGGAAAAAUAUAAUGCCUUCGUUGAGGAAAAGGCCGAACUUGUCAAAAAUUAUGUAACCCUAAAAAGUCAAUGUGGUAAUUUAUUCAAUGCAAGUUAUACAGUGCCGAUUCAUUAUGUCGCGCCACUCGCUUUGGUGUUGAUUUGGAUGCUAAUCGAGAAAUUAUUUUAAUAUUUUCUAACAAUCCUUUUUGUAUAUAGAAAAAAAAUCUCUCAAAGAGAAUGUGAGGUGGACCCUCCUCUUUUUUUUUUGUUUUUCUCUCGUUUAAGCUCAAAGAUGACAAAACUGUGAAGAAAAAUAAAAAUCUAUAUACUGUAGGAAAUUCUCAAUAUGAGGUGAAGAAUUUUUUUAUACGAGUGCAGUGUAAAUGUUUAUGUAAAUAUUGAUUCGAUAAAUGGGGAAAAAAAACAUUGGGGGGGUGAAGGGCUCUUGACUAUAGAUUUUCAACUUUUAGGAAAUUUUGAAAUUCUAUUUCGUAGAAUCGAAGUAAAAGAAAUCAAAGGAUUCAUUCAGAAUUAAUAUAUUUAGGAAUGAAAGACAAAGGAACGUAUAUAUUUGCAGGGAACCUUGAAUUCAAGGAAUUAGACAAAAGCGAGUCUUGUUAAAUGUUUAUUGCGCUGCCAAUCUCAUCAUCAUAUCUUCCCGGACGUAAAGGAGUAUUAUCGUCAAUGCACGAUUAUUAAAAAAAAAUUAUUCAAAAGAUCUUUUGCAAAAAUAAUCUUUUUAAAGAAUUUUCGAUUUUUUCCUCAAUAUUCUUUUUAAAGGGAUAUUUUCCAAAGGGAUCUUUUCGAUAAUUAAUAAUCAGGAUAAAUUGUUUAUUAUUUUUCUAACUCGUGAAAAAAUUAUAAUUUAUUUUUGAGAUUUGAUUAUGUUGAAAGGAUGCGGAGAGAUAAAAAUUAUCAUACUGCACAUUAUAGUGAGAUAUUUAAUUUUUAAAAGCGUGCUUCUCUUUCUUAUGUAUAAAGUCAAUUGUUUUUAUAUUUAUAUUUUUCACAAUAUUAUCUAGAUUGUAUAUUGGAUAUAAAAAAAAAAAAAUUAUGACUGUUUAAGUGAAAUGUGCGAAAAUCCGUCUUUGUAUUUUUUUGUUCAUUGUUUAUAAAUUAUGAACUUAGACCAGUAGUUCGUAUUGUCAGACUUUGUUUUCUUGAUUUUUCACUGAAAAUUCUAAAAAAAAUAAUUUUAGCGGUCUGCCACUGGAAUGAAUGGCCUAUGUGUUGUUUUGUAUUUUUUAAAUGAAUUCUAGUUACACUUUUUCUAUAUUUAAACAAAAAUCUUUUUAUACGAAAAUUAACACAUGCACACACACACAGACAAAUACAUAAUUUCAUUAGUUAUUUAGUGCCAUUAUAUGAUAUACUGUAUGAUGAAACUAUAAAAUUUGCCAUGAUUUUUAAAUUAUUUGAUGAAAAGAAGAAAAUUAUAUUUUGAAGAGAAAGAAAAUGGAAUGCAAAUUUAUAGGGACUGAUUUUUUUUUUCCUAAUGAUUUAUGCAAUAAAAUUAGGUGCAGACAAUUUUGUAAAUAAUAUUGUUGAUAUUAUCUACAUAUGUAACAGUCAUUAUAUUAAAAAAAAAAAAAGAUUAAAUUAGUUAAAAUUUCUCAAA